AUGCCUCCAGAACGGACAAAUGCUCCGGUGAAGCUAUCUUUGCCCCUGCAAUACCAGCAGGAGCUCUUCACCGAACUACGCGCAGAGGAUGAGCUAGUCGUACUGGCGCGCGGCCUUGGACUGCUGCAUUUGAUAACAAAUCUAUUACACUUCUACGAUGCGGCAGGAAAUAAUCUGGUCCUAGUCGUCGGGGCAGAUGACCGCGAGAAUGAGUGGAUCGGAGAGGCUCUGGCGGAGCAUUAUGCAACUAGCAAGUCUCCCCUCGCAAGGGGGCUGAAGGCGAUCAAUACCGAGAAAGCCACAGUGCCGAUGAGGGAGAAAAUCUAUGCAGAAGGUGGUAUUCUGAGUGUGACAUCCAGAAUAUUGGUUGUGGAUUUGUUAUCCAAGCUUCUUGAUCCCGAGAAAAUCACCGGUAUGGUCAUAUUACAUGCCGAUAAAGCUGUGGCGACAUCUCUGGAAGCUUUCAUCGUCCGAGUCUAUCGUCAAAUGAACAAGCGUGGGUUCCUGAAAGCAUUCUCGGAUUCACCCGAGCCAUUUACCACCGGAUUCGCCCCGCUGGCCAAUAUGUUGAAGAACCUCUUCUUGCGCAAGGCGUCACUCUGGCCCCGAUUCCAUGUAUCCGUGGCCGAAUCUCUGGAAGGAAAUCGCAAAGCGGAAGUCAUUGAACUCGAGAUUCCGAUGAGCGACAAAAUGAGAGAGAUUCAGAAUGCGGUUCUCGAAUGUGUCGAGAUCAGUAUCGCAGAGCUGCGGAAGAGCAACACCGGACUUGAUAUGGAGGAAUGGACGCUAGACAGUGCUCUCCACAAGAACUUCGAUAUGAUCAUUCGGCGUCAGCUGGAUCCCAUCUGGCAUCGGGUCAGUUUCAGAACGAAGCAAAUCGUCAGUGACUUGAGUGACUUACGCUCGAUCCUCCAUGCUCUGCUCACAUACGAUGCCGUAUCUUUUGUGAAAUAUCUCGAUACCAUUGUGUCAGCACAUCUUCCGCCUCCAGGCUCAAACAAACAUAAUUACUCACCAUGGCUUUUCCUUGAUGCUGCUCACGUUCUAUUUCAGACAGCGAAGUCACGCGUAUACGAGGGCAAACUAAACAACGAAUUGAAUCGCCUCUCCUCUUCAACUACCUUUUCUGCUGAGCUGAAGCCAUGUCUCGAGGAACUUCCGAAAUGGAAUGUGUUAUCAGACGUCCUCGCAGAGAUCGAAAACGAUGCAUACCUUCAUCCUGCAAAUACAGAUCAAUCUAAUAGCACCAUUUUGAUCAUGUGCAAUGAUCAACGAAUAUGUCGUCAGCUCCGAGAGUAUAUUGGCACAAUGCAUGCCAAGGUCGCUCAAGGGUCUGACUCCAGAGAAGAUGGGCAACCAGAUGAGAACAAACCUUCGGCCGAACUAAUGCUGCGUCGUCGACUACGAGAUUAUCUGAAUUGGAAAAGAUCACUCUCGAACGUCAAUAAGAAUCUUUCGGGAGAAGAGGAUAGAGGUGGCAAGCCCUCCGACUCACCCGCCGCCCAGAAUACGCCUCAAGGAAGGCCUCCCCCGAAUAAGCGUCGCCGUGUCCGUGGUGGCGGUGCGGUCACAUCGGCCGCAGGCCGUGUGCCAAAUACCAGUGUUCAAACCGAGGUUGAACUGCCUGGUCAGGUUGUCAGUUUGCUCACUGAAAUUCAACCUACCGAGGUUGAGGAAACCCAGAAGGAAGAAGUAAUCAUCGAUGAUUUGGAAGACAUGGAAGACUUCUAUGAAUUGUAUGACAUGAAUGAUUUGGUCAUGAUCCAUCCCUACGACGGCGAUAUGGAUGAGCAUAUACUUGAGGAGGCACGUCCUCGGUACAUUAUCAUGUACGAGCCCGAUGCCGCGUUCAUUCGAAGAGUUGAGGUCUACCGUAGCUCUCAUUCGGGACGCAACGUGAAGGUGUACUUUAUGUACUAUGGUGGCUCUGUCGAGGAGCAACGGUACCUGAGUGCUGUGCGGCGAGAGAAAGACUCUUUCACAAAGCUCAUUAAGGAAAAAGGCAACAUGGCGGUUACCUUGACACACGACAAAAAGAACGACGACCCGCAGGAACAAUUCCUUCGGACAGUCAAUACUCGAAUUGCGGGAGGUGGACGGUUGGCAGCCACCGCAUCUCCUCCUCGGGUCGUUGUUGAUGUGCGUGAGUUCCGAAGUGCUCUUCCGUCUCUGUUGCACGGAAACAAUAUGGUUGUGGUGCCUUGUCACCUUACAGUAGGCGAUUAUAUUCUCACUCCAGACAUUUGCGUCGAGAGAAAGUCCAUUCGAGAUCUCAUCACGUCUCUGAAGAACGGCCGUCUCUACAAUCAGGCCGAGACAAUGCUUCAGUACUACAAAUACCCCCUGCUUUUGAUCGAGUUCGACCAGAACAAGUCGUUCACUUUCGACGCAUUCACAUCCGUCGCGGCAGGCCCUGCAUUCAAGGCAGAUCAAGGCUUUACAUCUUCUGGCACCGCGACAUCCAGCAGCAGUAGCUUCCUUGCUAACCCCUCCAAUCCCAAAUCCGCUCAACAUCUGCUUGUCCUUCUCACUCUUGCUUUCCCUCGAAUGAAAAUCGUCUGGUCCUCUUCCCCUUACCAGACGGCCGAGAUCUUCGCAGAGCUUAAGAAGAAUGCGGCAGAACCUGAUCCGCUACGUGCAGUUCAGCUGGGCCUGGAUGUGGAUAUCUCGAACUCUGCCAGCUCAGGCGAUGUCAUGGCGGCCGCUGGAAUUGAGCCUCGCAGCACCUUCAACCUCCUUCCUCAGGACAUGCUGCGGGCAGUUCCAGGGGUCACUCCACAGGCUUUGGAGCGACUCAUUAUUGAAACUGACAACAUCAGUGAUGUUGCCAACAUGGAUGUCGAGCAGCUCGAUCCGCUGGUCGGCAAAGAAGCUGCACGAAAGAUAGUGGCAUUCUUCCGCAAGAGUGUAUUUGAUUAA